CUUCAUCCUGAGCAGUGAGCAGCUGGAGGACACGCUAGUACAUUGACCAUGAGGGAUGCCAACGUUUUUGCAUUCCGCAAGGCUAUGCCUCGAAUGAGUUGGUCUCCGCGUAAUCUCUACAACCUCUGGAGGCGGUCCUGUGGGGCCGAGGCCGUGGCCAUCGACUUCACUCGCUCACCCAAGACGUUGUUUCAACAGCGUUGGAUCUCGAAAGCACUCGUACGUGCGUACCACGGCGACUUCAUAAACGAGAAAAUCUUCAAGCGGUGGUACCUCCCCGACACACUUCCCGAUGUGCGGCCUCGCCAGCAUGCGCUUUCUAGUAAUGGUGAUCUCGAUGCGUUUGCUGGGCGUACCGAACAACUGGAGAGAGCGAAGAAGAAGGCAUAUGACGAGCAGAAGAAAGGCUUGGCUCCUGUGGGCAGUUUAAUGCUUGCCGAGGUGGAACGGCGCAUCGACGUGUUCAUCUUUCGGUGCUGUUUUGCGCAUAGUGUCUAUGAGGCACGAAGACUUGUAAUUCAUGGAUCCAUCCUACUUAAUGGCAAAAAGCAUACAAAUGCCAACACACGUCUAGCCCCAGGCGACAUGAUCUCUGUUGACCCUGUAGCCAUUCGUUUCCUCCAGGAGCCUGGGUCUUCCGAGGCAGAGUCCGAGGGUGAACCAGAGCCUAAAAUCGAGUCCUCAAAUCCGAAGUCCUCGUUGACGCCUUUCAACCUUCCUCCAUAUGCGUCUCCUUUCAUUUUCAUUCCUGCCUAUGCAGAGGUCUCGUUUCCCACCUGCAGUGCCAUAUACGUGCGCCACCCAACAGCACGCCCAGGAUACAGUGAAAUCGCAACACCUUAUGACGCCGAUGGUGAAGUUAUUCGGCUGGCAUGGGAAUGGUAUUCAAAGAUGCGUCCAAGGACGAGGAGUAAGAGCCAGAUGGCCAGGGAACCAGAAAAUCGUAGAAUCGGUGGUCACUAGGCGUGUCGUGGCUAAGAUACAUCACGAUGCUGGUGCAUGCGCACAAGUCCCCGACUCGCGAUUUCGAUCAUUAUCUCA